CAUAUCGGAGGACGAACGAUCUAACCACCAACCAUGCUAAAGAGCCUCAAAGCGGACACCUACGCCGGCAUGGCCAAUGCCAAAUGCGGCGAGAUCUACUUCCAGAGCCUGGACAGUUUUCGCAUCGAUUGUGCCUUUUGUGAAAUGAAGAGCUUUGUGUUUAAUGACUUUCUGCUGCACGUCCAGAACGUCCACUUUGAGAACGGCCUGCUCAGGACAGAGCUGGAGGAGUUCAAGGAGGAGAAAGAACCGUCGGAGGCCUCGCCAGUUCCCCCUGAGCCACAAGUAAACACCUUUGCGUGGCACAAAAUCGAACGUGACAAUGAUGAAGAUGACCUGGGCAGUGACAGUGAGUAUGAAUUUCUGACGGACGAGGAGAACAAUGAUCCCGAUCCCGUCAGGGUCAUUCUGAAAUGGGAUAAUUCCAAUGCAACCACACUGGACUCUUCGCGCCAAAUGCGCUCUGCCAAAGUGGACUACAAGGAAGAGUCCGACCCAGAGGGCGACGACUGUACAAUCGACCUAGAUAUGGAUAUAGAUCUAGAUCUGGACAAUCCCGACGAGUCGACGACCAAGAAACCACAUUCCUGCCCGCACUGUGACAAGACCUAUCAGGAGCAGAAAACUUUGGAUCGGCACAUGGCACGCCAGCACAAGCCCGUGGAUCCCGAGGUGGAAGCAGACUACGGGAUGUGCCAGAUACUUGAUUCGAGGCCUCAGCCAGUGUACAAGUGCGAGCAAUGUGACAAUACAUUCUUCACAAAGCUAACGUUGGUGGUUCAUAUGAACCGGUACCAUAAGAUCAGACGCGAGGCAGCGAUCUCGGCCGCAUCCCCAUCGUUCACUUGCGUGGAAUGCGAUACAGAGCUGCCGCGCCUGCGUCUGCUCGACGAGCACAUGCUGAAGGUACACGGCGGACCAGCGUGCGCGAUCUGCAAACGGCGCUACAAAACGCGGCACGAGCUCAAGCGCCAUCAGCUAAGGCACAACAGCGAACGGAACGUGCUGUGUUCGCAUCCCGGCUGCGGAAAGACCUUCUUCACCAAGCGCCACAUGCGCAAUCACUCCAAGGUCCACACGGAUGAGAAGAACUUCAUUUGUGAGAACUGCGGCUACAGCUGCCGCAACAAGGAGACGUUGCGAGUUCACAUCCGCAGUCACACGGGCGAACGUCCGUUUGGGUGUAAGGUGUGCGACAAGCGAUUCCCAUCUCAUUCGGGACUGCGCGAGCAUAUGGCCAUGCACUCGACAGAUCGGCCGUAUGUGUGCAAUGUCUGCAAUGCCACCUUCUCCCGCCAGAAGGGACUGUACCAUCACAAGUUCCUGCACUCGGAUACAAAGCAGUUUGUCUGCAAGCUGUGCGGAAAUGCCUAUGCCCAGGCGGCCGGAUUGGCUGGUCAUAUGCGCAAGCAUCGCAGCGAGGAGCUCAAUGGUGGAUCGUAGAGCGAACGGGAAACAGAUAAAUAUAGAGAGCUCACGAUCGGAUGGAUAUGGGAUUAAGUUACACACUUUAUAUAUCUUCCAAAUCAUUUACGACCUUCUAUUGUACAAUUUCCGACUACGUUUAAGAACUCAGGCAUAGUCUACAGCCAUACAGGCACUCUUUUCAAAUUUAGUGUUAGUUUAGUUCUACACGACACUCCACUGGUGUUUAUUUGACGAUUUCCGUAACUGCUUUUAAAAUUUUUUGUAUUGAUAAAAAUAUAUGUACCUACUGUACUAUAAUUUAA